CCUGCGGGCAUCCGUACGUAGUAGAUCACACGCAUGCGCAGUACGUGGUUUUGCUCGUGGAUGUUUUUAGCAGACCACGCGUGUGUCCACCGGCUACCUUCUUCCUGGUUCCAUCCUGUGUUCGUGUGGUGUUUUAAUGCACAACAUGGUGAAAACAGACGCUCCAAGACGUAGUAAAAGACAAAGUAAAGUUGCCAAAGAUGGAGAGAAGGACAGUGCCAACACAGGCAAGUCAUUUCUUCCAAACAACAGAAGGGCAGAAUGAGACCAAGGAGGACCAUCCCACUGAGAGCACAGAAGUGGAGGUACAACAGGAGGAGGACCAAGAUGAACAAGAUUCUCAGAUGAACACCGUCAUAGAGGUAAAAGGAAACACCCCAACAGUAACUGUAUCCUGGGAGGAGAAGAAGAAAGAGGAAGGAGAGGGUGAUGACACAGAACAGAUGACCAAUGCAAAUGAUCAGAUGACUGAAAGUGAAGAACAGUCCCAGAUCAUCUCUUCGGCUGAUGCUGUCUGUCCCACUGAGGAAGCUCCCAGCCAGGUUGCAAAGGCAGAAGUGGACGAAGAGAUGGAGGAAUGUGGAGUAAAACCAGAAUCUCAAAUGGAAACCGCUCCUCAAGAAAACGAAAGUACGCCCGCCGUAACCCGUAAGAGGAGGAAGAACAAGACUGAGAGAGAAAAUAAUGAAAAUACAAAGACAGCAGCAAAGGGGAAACGGAAGGCUGACCCUGCUGAUGAGACUUCCCCGUCAAAGAAAACAAAGCUCAUCAGUGAUGGUUUUCGUCUUUUUGUUGGCAACCUGAACACCUCGAAACCAUUUGCAGAACUCAAAGAUUCAUUAGCAAAUUACCUCGUGACACAAAGUCUGCUGUUUGAUGACAUCCAGUUAGAUCAGUCCAAAAAACAUGCAUUUGUAAAUUUGGCCUCAGAGAUGGAUUUGACCAAAGCCUUGGCGUUAGAUGGAGAGACAGUCUUCGAUAAGCCGCUGAAAAUGGCCAAGGCAAAGAACAAAAGUGAGGACAAAGUGAAAGUGAAACCUCCUCCACUGGAUAAAAAAGCCAAAGAUGCCAGGUGUUUGUUUCUGAAGAACUUGCCGUACAAUGCAACAAAGAAAGACAUUAUGAAAAUCUUCCGUAAGGCCAUCGCCAUCCGGUUUCCUGGUGGAGCUGAAGGCCCAAGCCAUGGUAUCGCAUUUGUGGAGUUUAAAAAUAAAAAAAUAGCAACAAAGGUGCGGCAGAGAAAACAAGGAGCUCGAAUCCGAGGCCGGGUUUUGGUAGUAGACUGUGUAGGAGAGAGAAAUGUGUCAGAAGUCACCAAAGCUGAUGCUGACAGCAACAGCAAAAAAGCUGCACCUCCUCCCAGCAACACUCUGUUUGUGAGCAAUUUGUCCUCCAAUGUGAAUGAAAAAAACCUGAAGAGCGUCUUUCAGAAUGCAGUUAGUAUCAGCAUACCAGAACGCCAAAGCAAACCCAAAAGAUUUGCAUUUGUUGAGUUUGCAACUGUAGCAGAUGCUGAAAAGGUGCUGAAGUCACCCAAAAAGAUUAAAAUCGGCAAAAGAGAAGCCCGAGUGCAGUUCUGUAUGAAGGCAAAGGCAGAGAAACCUACAGUCCUAUCAAAAACACUGAUUGUAAUGGGCCUCGCUGAAAAGACGACAGCAGAGACACUCAGAGGCGCCUUUGAAGGAUCCGUCGAUGCAAGAGUCACUGUAGAUAAAGAGACAGGACUUUCAAAGAGGUUUGGCUUUGUGGAAUUUGAGAGCGACGAAAAUUGCAAAGCUGUCAAAGCAGCCAUGGAGGACUGUGAGAUCGAUGGCAUCAAAGUGACCGUAGCUUAUGCAAGAGCCAGGAGUGAAAAAGGUCGGCAAGAUGCCAGAGGAGGCUCGACGGGGCGUCCCAGUGGACAGUCUGCAGCUUCGGCAGCUGCCAAAGAGAGAUGUGGAGGCAAAGAAAAAAGCCUCAAAGGUGGAAAAAAGAGCAAAAAAGGUAAAGGACGUGGAACAGCCACACCACAGGAUGCUCCUAAAAAAGUGAAAAAGUGUAAAGAGUAACUUGUCCUGACAAACCUUACAGCUACAGUUAAGCCCAAAAAUAUUCGUACCCAGAACAAAUUUAGGUUCUUAGUGAAUUGUUCAGAUUGUUCAGAACGUUCUUGGUGGUGAUCCUUGGAUUCUUCUCGGCCUUUUGCUCCAUCAUUCUCACCAGUUUCCUACCAUGAUGUUAUAGUCUUUCCCCGUCUUGUGAUCAGCCACAUGCAGCUCUUCCUCUCAGUAAUGCAGCCUUAUAAUAUGCUUAUAAAGCUGUUUGAUUUCAGCUUCAGCUUACAGGGAUCAUAUUUGACCGCUGACUGAGUAGAAAAUAACUGGACCAGCUGCUGCAUCGGUGAUAAAAUGCUCUAGAACACAGUAGAAAUGUCCAAAAUCACCUGAUUUGUGAAAGAAGCUACAUUUUUCAAAUUUGUGACAAUUUAUGAAUACUUUUGGACGUGUCUUUAUUUUUUGUUAAAAAAAAGAGAGAUAAUUAAAACAUUUCUAACACAA